GGACGGCGACCCAAAAUGGAGGACAAGUUUACGUACGUUAACGACAGUCAACGCCUCGGCAUCGAGUACUGGGCUGUCUUUGACGGACACGGAGGAGAUGUGAGUCUACUAUACCUCAACAUAGCAUUGAGACGUGAGAGAUGGCAUUACGUGACCAACCCUUCCAACAGUUCCGGAGUAUUUGAAGUGCGAAACGUUGCGACCAAUGAAUUGGCAGAAAACGGUCGCUUUGUUGUCCGAAACAAUACAACAUUUGCCGAUACAUUGAGUUUCCAUACGGACGACACGGGAAGACUGGUCUACGAAUCGGGAAAUUAUAUUAAAUUUUAUCAAAUCUUUGGCGAAAAGAAUCCAUUUUCUAUACGACAACAGUUUGAAAUGAAAGUUAGGUUUAAUGACAAGAAUGGGGUAAAUAAUGGCACCGAAAUCACAAGAAGAGUUAACGCUCGACGCGAAGCAAAGAAAAAUAUUUGUUACGCCGAAAAAUCUUGGCGCAAAAUUUUAGCCACACAUUUUGAGAAUGAAUUGGAUAUGUAUUCAAUUUUGGAAACCAAUACUCAAUUGGGUAACCAGAAGAAUAACGGAAUGAUCACUAUUUGCGAUAACAAUACUGGAGAGAUAUUACAUGAGAUUUCGUUAGGACUUACACUCAAUGAAAGCCAAUCCUAACGAUGGAUAAAAAGACUCGAAGGAAUCGGAC